AUGGGCGAGCAUAAUCUUCUUAAUCCCGGGUUUGUGGGACCGUUGGUAAACAUCCACACGGGAGACACAUUUUACCUCCCCAAUUUUAGAGCGUCCGGGGGACAACUGGCGGGUCUACCCUCUCUCUCCUACCCAAGAAGGGACAAUGUAUGCUCCCUUCCUUGGACCGCGUCGGAGCCGUGCAAUGGAUAUCCUCAACCCUACUUUAGCAGUGCCAUGUCCAUUAACCCCUCUUUCAACCGUGCAUGCGAAAUCACCAGGCAAGAUGAAGGCAAAUGUUUUUACAGCAACGGUGGCGGCAACAGGGAACCCUGCGCUGAAAGCGCAAACCUCAAACGUGAAGAGAGGGCAAGAGGAGACUCCUCUUCCUCCAUAACGACGGAGCAUGGACUGCACAACGGGAUUGGCAACAACGGUACAUAUUCCAAGUACGACUAUGGCGUGGAGCAGUUGACCCAAGAUCCGCUAUCCUGUCAAUCCCUAGAAUCUGACUCCAGUUCAUCGCUGCUCAAUGAAGGGAGCAAAGCCUCUACAGGCAUCGCUCAGGCGUUGACAUCCCCUGGCAAUCACGCACCAAGCACAGCAGCGGGCGGAGGCGCCCCGUGGUACCCAAUGCACACCCGAACCCGAAAGAAACGUAAACCCUACUCCAAACUCCAGCUGGCGGAGCUGGAAGGCGAGUUCAUGCUCAAUGAGUUCAUCACCAGACAGCGGCGGAGGGAACUCUCUGACCGCCUGAACCUCAGCGACCAACAGGUUAAGAUAUGGUUCCAGAACCGGCGGAUGAAGAAGAAGAGAUUGAUGCUUAGGGAGCAGGCCUUGUCCUUCUUCUAAGAGGGAGAUAUAUAUUUUAAAGGGGAAUAUAGGCAGGCUGUAUUCUCGAUGAAACAUACUGUUGAUUAUUUUGGUGUAAUCAAAUUCGAUGGCAUAUAGCAUGCACAGUAUGACGUCUCACGUCCUUUAGAAGAAGGAUAUUUUCUGAAA